GCCAAACUGUUCGGGUACUGAACGUGAGCGGGAUGCGGUGGUUGGACUCGAGGCUGCAAUUAUAAUAUUAAUACUGUUUCUUUUACUAAUUAAAGUCGCAUAUUCGGUGUAUCAAUUGAGAACAUAUCUUUAAAAAUGAUUAUUGAUAUUGCUCUCUGUUUGUGCUUUGGUAUUGCUUUGGUCCAGGGCCAGCAAAACCAAGCGCUCAUCCCACCGUCCUUCAACAUCGCCCAAGGUAAGAAGAUCACCGCUACUUCGACGUGCGGGGACGAAGGCAAGGCUGAACUGUACUGCAAACUGACAGGAAACACUGGGGACAGCUUCCGUAGAGCUGAACAAGAUAUUGUCAACGGACAGUACUGUGACUUUUGUGAUAUGUCUCUCCCUCUCUCUAAGCAUCCGGCUGAAUAUGCUAUAGAUGGCACUGAAAAGUGGUGGCAAAGUCCUCCUUUAUCGAGAGGACUCUCUUAUAAUGAAGUGAACAUCACUAUCGAUCUUGGCCAGUCGUACCAUGUAGCGUACAUACUCCUGAAGUUUGCAAACUCUCCCAGGCCAGGUGUAUGGAUUCUCGAAAAAUCCACCGACUUUGGGAAUACGUAUGAGCCCUGGCAAUACUUUGCAGAUUCGGACAGUGAUUGCAGAGAAACAUUUGGCAUGGAGUCCACCGAGGACUUGACCUCUGAUGAUCAGGUCAUUUGUACAACUUCUUACUCUGAUAUCGUGCCUUUGGAGGAUGGAGAGAUUGUUGUUUCCUUGAUAAAUGGUCGACCAGGAUCAAAAAACUUCUACGCAUCAGAUAUACUCCAAGAUUUCAUAAGAGCCACUAAUGUCCGCCUAAGAUUGAUAAAAACAAACACCCUCCAUGGCCACCUCAUGGCCAAACAGCAACAAGAUCCGACAGUCACACGUCGUUAUUAUUACAGUAUCAAGGACAUCUCAAUCGGGGGACGCUGCUUGUGCAAUGGUCAUGCCGACCGUUGUGAUACAUCUGUACCGGAACAAGUUGGCCGCAUUAUGUGCACCUGUUCGCAUAACACAUGUGGCUCCGAGUGCCAAGAAUGUUGUCCAGGAUUUGUUCAGAAGAAGUGGUUACCAGCAACACCUCAGACUGCCAAUGAAUGUGAACCAUGUAAUUGCUUCAAUCAUGCUACAAGCUGCUACUAUGAUGAAGAUGUUGAUCAUCGAGGAGAAUCUCUAGAUAUCCAUGGCAACUAUUCUGGAGGUGGAGUCUGCAUUAAUUGUAAGGACAACACUGCAGGUAUCAAUUGUAACGAGUGUAAACCUGGUUACUACAGAGUCCGUAACACCUCUCUCACAUCUCCAUCCAUCUGUCAACGCUGUACAUGUCAAUCUGUGUUCCACACUGGCAACUGUGCCUCACUGACUGGACAGUGUGAAUGUAAACCACAGUUUACUGGUACCUCAUGCUCUGAAUGCAGCCUUGGAUAUUAUGGGUACCCAGAAUGCAAAGAAUGCAGGUGUAAUGUAAAUGGUACCAUAAAUGCUGAAUGCCAGGCACAAGGAGGCCAGUGCCAAUGUAAACAAAACUUUCGUGAUCGCAACUGUGACAAGUGUGCUCCAAUGUACUACAACUUCCCAUAUUGUUUGUCUUGUGAGUGUAGUAUAUAUGGUCUGUUAGAUGCUGCUUGCGAAGCAAGUACUGGCCAAUGCCGUUGCCGUGUCAACUAUGCAGGGAGAGCUUGCGAUGAAUGUGCCCAAGGUUUCUACAGUUACCCAAAUUGUCUAGAUUGUAACUGCCAUUCUGAAGGCACUGAGGGCGCUGUCUGCGAUACAAACCAAGGCAGGUGUGAAUGUAAGGACAAUUUUGCAGGAGCGUAUUGUGAUCAGUGUGCAAGUGGAUACUUUGAUUUUCCAAACUGUAAUCCUUGCAACUGUAAUAGCAUUGGUACUGGUAAUGUGCUGCAGUGUUAUGGGAAUGGUCAAUGCCAGUGUUUACCCAACUACAGUGGCAUAAAAUGUGAUUCCUGCUCCCCAGCAUUUUAUCGCUACCCAGAAUGCAUUGCUUGUGAGUGUGAUCAGCAAGGAUCAGUCCAGCAAAACUGUGAUCAGGUGACAGGACAAUGUCGUUGCUAUAGAAACUACAUUGGACGGGACUGUAAGCAGUGUGCUCUCGGCUUCUAUAAUUUCCCAUCAUGUGAAGAAUGUAACUGUGCCCCAGCAGGGGUUCAGAAACAACUACAGGGCCAGCCAAUUGGUGGCUGUGGUGCAGAGACUAAUGGAGCCUGUAUUUGUAAGGAUCAUGUGACUGGCAGGUCAUGUGAUGAAUGUAAGGAACUUUACUGGAAUCUGCAACUAACAAACACGAAUGGAUGUGAAGAGUGCAACUGCUACACACCUGGCACCAUCUCAACCAGUCAAGUCUGCAAAGCAGUGUCAGGACAGUGUCGAUGUAAGACAUUGGUAACUGGAAGGCAGUGCACAGAAUGCCAAGACCAGUCAUAUGAACUCACUGGUAGUGAUGUAUUUGGAUGCAAAGCUUGUGAAUGUGAUGUUGGGGGUGCUAUUAAUAACUUGUGUGAUAAGUCAACUGGCAAGUGUACGUGUCGUCCGAGAAUCAGGGGCAAUAGAUGUGAUGAACCUGAGAGUGCUCAUUUCUUUUAUGACCUCUACCAGUUUCGGUUUGAGAUUGAGGAAGGUCGAUCUACAAACGGCGGUCGUGUACGCAUUGGUUACGAUGAGAUGGUUUUUAGUAACUUUUCCUACUUAGGUUACGCUAUCAUGUCGGAGAGUACUCAGCCUUCUGUUAUUGUGACAGUAGAUGUUGUUACUCAUGUACUCUACCGCAUAAUCUUAUGUUAUGUGCAUACAGGGGCUGACAUAGUCCGAGGAAGUAUCAAACUUUCACCAAGUGAUCCGAGUAUAGGUUCAGAACAAGUCCAUCCUGUUCUAUUUCUGCCUGGAGCUGGGCCACAACUUGUGACUGUAGAGGGCGGUAACAUCAUAUCACCAUUUGUUCUAAAUCCUGGACGAUGGUUUGCAACCAUUGAGGCUACUGGAGGUCUUCUUCUGGAUUACCUUGUGUUGUUACCCUCUGCCUACUAUGAAGCCAGUAGCUUAAAGCAACAGGUUGCAGAGCCUUGUCAAGCUGGACAAACACAGGAUCUAUGUUCACAGCCAAUGUUAAGUUUGUCGUUCCCAAUCACGGUCGCUGGAGAGUAUGUUUUGAUAGUUGAAUUCUACAGAGGGGGUACAGGAAUAGGUGAACACACUGUCCAAGUAAUCACGGAGCAAGGGCAGGACAGUGGCUUUGUCGCUACGUAUGAUUGUUACUUUGUUUGUCGUAGCGUUGUUAUGGAUGCUGAAGGCCGUGUUAAGGUGUUUGUGUUUCCUGAAGAAGUUUUUGAGAUUAAAUUCACCAAACAUCUAUCUCUGAACAAAAUGGGUUUGAGUUCAAUUGUUGCUGUUCCUGUUGAGAAAUGGAACUUCGAUUUGGUGACUCCAGCUCUGCAAUGUGUCCGCAAUUCAAACAAAAAUUGUGUGCAAUCAACAUAUCCAGAUGCGGUCUCCUCCACCAAGUUUAAUGUGGGGAACACUGAAGGGAGCACCGCACCAAUUCCUCCCAACAUAUAUGAUACUAAUGCAAAGUUAUACUACAUGAAUACGGAUUCAGGAAAGGUUGAGUUGUUAUUGGAUGACAUUGCCCUUGCCGAUGGACAGUGGGUGUUUAUAGUGCACUACUACCAACCGUAUCACUCAGCCUACACUGUUUACUUUGACAUCGUUAAUGAAACCCAAUCAGGUUCAUUUGAAGCUAAAUAUUGCCCCCAUGUGGUUGGUUGUCGUGCAUUGGUUAUGACUACAGAUGGCAGCAACACAUUCACUUGGUUAGGAGUUGGCUACAAUAUCAAAAUCACUUUGCAAGCAACAGAUUCCUAUGACAUAUGGAUAGAUUACAUAUUGGCGGUGCCAAGGGACAUGUAUACACCUGAACUGCUGGUUCUCACAAAGCAAGACCGUGCUAGCGAAUUCAUUCGAGAAUGCAGCAAUCACCAAUUCUACAUCAGUCCUUCUGCCACAGGUUUCUGUCGCGACAGCGUGUUUUCACUAAGCGUAUUCUACAACAACGGGGCUAAAUCAUGUCGGUGUAAUGUCCAUGGAUCUACUGACUACUUCUGUAACCAACUUGGUGGCCAGUGUCCAUGCAGGGAAAGGUACACCGGUCGUAGGUGUGAUCAUUGCAAAAUUGGCUUCUUCGAUUUUCCAAAUUGUCAACGUUGCCAGUGCUUGUCUGGCAUUUGCCACUACCAGACUGGAGUUUGUGUUUGCCCUCCUAAUGUCAUCGGCAAUUUCUGUGAUGCUUGUAAGGAGAACUAUUUUGGUUACGACCCCAUUGCAGGCUGCAUUGAGUGUGAUUGUGACCCUAGAGGAACUGAAGGGGACAUUAAUAAAUGUGACCGGGUGACUGGCCAGUGCAGUUGCAAACAUAAUGUAGGUGGACGACGCUGUGACCAGUGCUUGCCCGGACACCACUCCUAUCCCUUCUGUCAUGUAUGUAACUGCCAGUUACCAGGUACAGUACAGAGAGUGUGUGAUGAAGUCUCAGCUGAGUGUCUAUGCAAGGAAAAUGUCCAUGGUGAGUUCUGUCAUCAAUGUGAUAACAGUACGUUCUACUUGGAGGAGCGUAAUCCUAAAGGUUGUACUUCCUGUUUCUGCUUUGGCAUCACGAAUGACUGUGUUGCCAGUAGUAAUUUGUACAGGCAGGAGGUUAAUACUAUGAUUGGUUGGAAUGUAACCAACGUACGGAACAAUGAUGUAAUUCUACGUGACAAUGAAGUAUCACUAUAUGUCAGUGGCACGGGAGAUGACCCUCUAGCAACCAUCUAUUGGGUCGCCCCAACAGAAUAUCUAGGAUAUAAGAUAACAUCAUACGGUGGUAAAUUACGAUACAUUGUGUCUUAUCGAGCAAGCACAUUGAAUCCAGCUAACCCAAUAAGACGCCCAGAUGUUAUUUUGUCAGGAAGCAGCCUAGAGAUUAUGUACAGUAACAUAUACGAACCUAAUCGAGAAAGACAAGAUGUGGAGCUAGACAUCCUGGAGGGUAAUUUCCAGUACACCUUGGGUUGCCAGUGCUUGUCUGGCAUUUGCCACUACCAGACUGGAGUUUGUGUUUGCCCUCCUAAUGUCAUCGGCAAUUUCUGUGAUGCUUGUAAGGAGAACUAUUUUGGUUACGACCCCAUUGCAGGCUGCAUUGAGUGUGAUUGUGACCCUAGAGGAACUGAAGGGGACAUUAAUAAAUGUGACCGGGAAUGUGCUGAUGGUUAUUAUCGUUCUGGAGUUGGUCUGUUUCUUGGGAGCUGUAUCCCAUGUGAAUGCAAUGGACACAGCGAUCAGUGCAAUAAAGAUACCGGUGAAUGUAAUUACUGUAAACACAAUACUGAUGGGCCAAGCUGUGGUAGUUGCAAGUCAGGCUACUAUGAGGAUUCAAACCAAAACUAUCCGUUUGCCUGUCAGUUGUGUGCUUGUCCACACUCCAGUGAGGGAAAUAGCUUUGCUUAUUCAUGCUCAGUAUCCGGUAUAGUAACAACAUGUGAUUGUUUACCUGGUUACCAAGGUACCACCUGUGGAGAAUGUGAAGAUGAUUAUUACGGUUCUCCUGAAGUAGUUGGAGGUGACUGUCAACCAUGUUUUUGUCAUGGCAACACGGAUCCAAACACUGUAGGACGGCGUUGUGACCGCCUAACAGGUGAAUGCUUCUGUGCUGAUGGGUAUUCUGGCUUUAAUUGUGACAGAUGCACAGAUGAUUACUAUGGAGAUGCUGUCAAUCAACAUAAUUGCCAAAAAUGUGAGUGCAACACAUGUGGAGUGUCUAGGUGUGAUAACAGCACAGGAUCAUGUACUUGCAAACCCAAUGUAGUUGGAAGCAAUUGCAGUCGGUGUAGGUCAGGUACAUGGGGCUUCUCAUCUUGUCAAGGAUGUCUGUCAUGUGACUGUGGCAUAGCAUCUGUCAUGCCUGAAUGCAAUGUUCAAACGGGUGAAUGCUCCUGUUUACCUGGUGUCGGGGGUGACAAAUGCACUCGUUGCUUGCGGGGUUUCUGGAAUUACGGACCAACAGGAUGUAUAGAAUGCUCUUGCCCUGAGCUCCUUGAAUGUGAACCAGUCACAGGGGAUUGUCUCUGUCCAGUUGGUGCCACCGGAGAAUAUUGUGACACCUGUGAGGAUCGUUACAUCUUGACGCAAGAAGGAUGCAAACAAUGUGACCUAUGUGUACAUCAACUUCUGGAUGCGAUGCAGAGCAUGAUUUUGGAGGUUAAUAUGACUACUCCAGGCGAGAUUCCUCUUGGUCAAGCUGAUCUUGACCGUUUAGAUCAGCUAAAUGACACAUUGUGGAAUGAACUCAAGCCUGAGGUAUCACAAGUCUUAGUGAACAACAAUAUGUUACUUGAGGCUAAGUUGGAUAAUAUGACUGCAGAGCUGAAUAGAACUAGCACAAGAGCAAAUGAAAUUGAAGCACUGUCCGUGAAGAUCAAAGAUUCAGCAGAAAAUGAGCAUCUACCAGCCGCACUUAAUGUAAAGCAACGAGCAAACAAUCUGGAAACAUUUAUCAAUGAAUCUUACGCAGGUCUUCAACAUAUUAUUGUGAUGAGCAAGAAUAAGAACAUUACUGAGGAACAAGACGGUCUGCAAGAAUCAAUGGCAAUAGCAAGACGCAUUGUCACUGAGAUUGAAAGCAGCAAUUUCACAGCAGCUGAGGAAGCAAGCCGCAAAGAGUAUAUUGCUGCAAGGAUGUUAUUGAAUAAUGUGACACAUCUGAAUCAAGACGUUCAAGGAUUCCUGACUCAUUUGAUGAAUGUUACGUCACAUUUGGAACAUGACGAAAAUGACAUCAACGAUGUAAUUGGCUGGAGCAAUGAUGCAAAUCGUUCUGUUUCUGAGUCAAAAAAGAUAAAUGCUGAUAAUUUAAUAUCAAAAGGAAAUUUAAAGGUUGAUAUUCAUCUAUCAAAUUCCUUGUUUACUAAUGGUACCAGAAAGAUUGAAGAUUCUAAUGAAUUAUUAGCCUUAGCUAGAUCAUACCUCAUAGAUGCCCAAGCUUCAAAUACAAACUUGACUGAAGAUUACACCAGGCUUGUCGCUGGCAUCAAACGCUUUGCACCAGUGGUAAAAACCUUAAUGGAAGAUCUUGAGGGAACAGAAGAUCUUGUAGAUCAAGCAGGCGAACAUGCCAAGAACCUAACAGCUUAUGCUGCCAGAUUAGUAGAGCUGUCUAAGACUGGGGUAGAAUAUGCAGAGCUUGCUGAUCAGGCUGCCAAGGCAUAUUCUGACAUUGUGGAUGCCAUUGACAAUGCAAAAAUAUCUGCAAAUGAUUCUCUGGCAGCAGCAGAAAUUGCAAAACAACAGAGUGAAAAUCUGAAGGCAGAUAAAGCACUUAAAAAAAGCAAAAAAAAAUUGGAUGAGGCAAAGGAGGCCGAGAAAAAACUUGAUGAAGAACUUGAACCAAUAAGGAUGCGUGUCGAGGCCUUUGUGCAAGAACUGCAUAAUACAAAUUUCGAAGUAAAUUAUAAUCUUCAGAUGUUGAAAAAUGAAAUCAAUGACUUACCUGAAGUUGAUUCAGAAGAAGCAAGAAAAGCCUUUAACCUUUCAAUGCAAGCUGAACAGGUAGCAAAUGCAAGUAAGAAUAUUAUCGAUACUGCCAAGACCAAUAUCACCCUUACUGAGUCCAUUCUGGAGGAUGUCAAGGCAAACAUUAACAUCAGCACAAAGGCCCUAGAUGAUGCAGAAGAAAAAAGUAUGUAGCAAGUUUUGUUUUAUUAUUUCAACAAUCUUUAUUGUAAUAUAUUAUGUGGCUUCCAAAUCUUGAAGAUCACUGAGGUAAAUAAUCUUUGUGAUAAUUAUUUGUUUUCCAGAAUAUAUUAUUUUACAAGAUACUAGCAAAAUAUAAAAAAUUAAAGGUUGCAAAAAAUCAGGAUUCUACUGCAUCACCACUUGGGAGCAGUUGGCACAGCUGCCAUGAUUUGGGCUCUCAACUCUAUGGUUGGGGGCUGAAAUUGUUUAUUAACACUUGUAACACUGCCAGUGGAAUGUAUUUUAUGAGGUUUUCAGACAAUAAAAUUAUCUUGAAUCUUAAAUUUUGUGCCAGCCAUUUAAUUAGGUUCUUAAGUGUAUCUAAGAGUGUAAGUAAUAUUUAUGUACUGUACAACUAAACACAAACAUGAUAGUAAUGGAUGGUCUUCCAUUUUUGUAGCGCUGUAAUACAGUGUAAUGUCCCUCGAUGCACACCUAUUCAAGGUUUAUUCAUUAAAUAAAAUAAUACUUGGCUGCCAAUGGCUGAAGUAAAAUUCAAUUGUACAUCAUAAAUACAUCAUAAAAACAUUCAAAGUUAAAAAUAGGCUUCUGAUAGGAAUUUGAGUAUACUGCAGAAACCAGAGGUGACGGAACUAGGGGGUGCUGUGUUAUGGAGAGUAAUGUGUGACCGGAAAUGGUCUGCAGUCAGUUGGUUGUUACCAUGUGCCAGUGAUGUUGGAGUACAAUAUGAAACUAUUAUGUAGGCCUAAUGAAUGAAUAAAGUUCGGAGUUUGUCGGGUAGUGAAAUGAUUAUUUCACAUUUUAAGUACUCCCUUAAUUCAUAAGCAUAGUGUAAGCUAAAUUACGGUGAUUAAUUUAAUUUAGCGAAGAUAUGGAGACAAUUAUUUCGAAUCCCUCUUUCCCUCUCAGUCGAGAAAUACGGGUAGCUGAAGUUUUUCUAGCAAAU